AUGCCUAAUUCCACUCAAUUCAAGACCCUCCCGGGGGAUAUUCUAAUUCACAUCUUCCUUAUACUCCCUAAUUACUCUGACCUGGCCAAUUUGGCCUUGACCUCAAAAAAUUUAUAUCAUCUGUUCAAAAGUUACGAGUCGUCAAUCUUGACCCAAAUCACCAUCAAUAUCGUUGAUAUCCCCUCUUGGCAAUAUAUCAAGAAGAUUCUUGUCUACCAGCGAGCAGGAGAAAACAUCCUUUCCCAUAGGGAUGCAAUCAAGCACGAUCUAGGGACGAAGCUAGUAUUCACCCCCAGCGAUGCGAAACUACUCAUGCGUAACUUGCGAUAUUACGAAAGUUGCAGAAAGACAAUCAAAGCUGCUAUUUGCAGGCGUCUUUCAGUAGUCUACUUCGCUGCAACCAAAUAUACGCACCGAAAUAAGGGAACCGUCCCAAGGUACGAUUGUGACGGUACUUUACCGAUGGACGACUUCUAUCGGGCUUUUUUAUGGUCGUAUGAAUUCAGUUUCGACACUAUCCAGGAAUUUGCGGAGCGUCCCGAACUCGAGCUAGCGAUUCGGGCAAAUUUAUGCCUAAUCCUACAGGUCAUGGGGUUGGAUGAAGUUUAUAAGGGAGGAUUUGGAGAGUCGUGCGAUCUCAGCAUUUGGCCAGGGGCUGUCGGGGCAAACAUGACCAACGCAGUGGAGGGGAUGAAGGAGACACUCGUUGAAUCCGAGGUCAAGAACCCGUUGCUGUUAGCCAAGAUCAACAGACAUUAUUCGUUCAACCCCAGAUAUUCCGAUAACGAGGAGCGCCUAGCGCUUCACUUGGCGGAGAUUCGGAAGCAAUAUAUCGCUUGUAGCAAGUCAGGAGUUGGUAUGGACGCUUUUCUCAAGAAAUGUCAAAAGGAAGUGAUUCCUUUCAAUUCGGCGUGA